CAUGGUUGAAGGCGCGGAACGUGGAUGGGAAUAUCUGUGGCAACCUGUUGAUAACGGAGUUAUGACAAUGGAUAACUUAGUAGGAGUACUAUUUCAAAAGUGACAAUCGACCCAUUGAAAGAACAUCUUGUUCUUGCCGAUGGCGAAGACGGCGUAAUAUGCUACUGCAUUCCCAUGCGUCAAACUUUUAGGAUACCGGUAACAAACUUCCAAACCUUUAUCUAGGAAUGUUUUGGUAGCCGACAAAGUGACACGUUUCUGUGUAAAUGAGAAACCAAUGAUAGAAAUGGCACAGCGCGGUGAAACAAUAUUUUACAAAGCAAAGACCUUCGUUAUGCAUUAUUUUUUUAUUACUUUUUACUUACAGGUAGCCUGUACAUUAUGAGACACAACAGGUGUUGUCAGUAGUCACGCGCAGACUUCGAUUAAAAUACAAAAACAAGUAACUUGGUCAGUAGCUAACGUUAACAAUCCACCAAGAAGAAGCCUAUGUGAAAUGGUCUCCACAUGCUUUACAGACUGGGAAGAGAUAACUUGAGAACAAUUCAAUAAAAGGCUCAGUUCACAAUGAAAAUGCUGAGAUUACUUUGCGUUGUUGUUGGGUUGUUGAGGACAUGCCUGACGAACAGAAACUGCCCGGACCUCUUCAUUGACAGCUGUCAUUGCACCUCUGAGAGGUCCAAGGAAUUGAGCAGACAAAAUGUCUGGGUGAAGGUGGUGUGUGAUGAUGUGGAAUUAAUGGACACUCUACAACCCAGUUUCUUACCCAACAAAACAGUUUCCCUGAUCCUCAGUAACAACAAGAUCUCACUGCUGAAAAAUGCCUCCUUCUUUGGCCUGACAGUCCUGGAGAAACUGGACCUGAGGAAUAAUUUAAUUAGCACGGUGGAGCACGGGGCCUUCCGUGGACUGGUGGCUCUGAGGAGACUGGAUCUCUCCAACAAUCGGAUUGGCUGCCUCUCUCCUGAAAUGUUUGUAGACCUUGGCAAUCUUUCUAAAUUGAAUCUAUCUGGAAAUAUUUUCUCUUCGUUGCCGGUGGGACUAUUCACACACCUCCUGUCUCUCAAAGUCCUGCACUUCUCUACAGAGUCUCUGUUCUGUGACUGUCAGCUGGGGUGGCUGCUGCUGUGGGCCAGGGCGAACGGUGUGCGCCUGGGCAACGACACCCUGUGUGUGUACCCCACACACCUCCACGGCCUGGAGGUCCGCAACCUGAGGGAGACACAGCUCAGAUGUGAUGGGCCUCUGGAGCUGCCCUUGUUCCAGCUGAUCCCGUCCCAGAGACAGGUUGUGUUCCGUGGGGACCGGCUACCUCUGCAGUGUACCGUGUCCUACCUGGAUCCCUCGGUCAAGCUGCGCUGGCGCCACAAUGGCCACGCCAUCCACAGCAACGAGGGCAGGGGUGUCUAUGUGGAGGAAACCCUGGUCCACGACUGCUGCCUGCUAACCAGUGAAGUCAUCCUCUCCAACAUUGACCACAGCCUGUCUGGCAACUGGGAGUGCCAGGUGACCAGUUCCCGUGGCAACAGGUCCAGACAGAUGGAGAUCGUUGUGUUGGAGACGUCAGCGCCCUACUGCUCAGCAGACAGGGUCAGCAGCAACAAGGGAGACUUCAGGUGGCCAAAGACCCUGGCAGGGUUGUUGGCCUUCCUGCCCUGUGCUCCAUCUACAUUUGGCUCUGCCCCCCACCCUUCUGGUGCCUCUUCACACCACCCCACUCAGAGGGAGAAGAAGGCCUGGCGACGCUGUGACCGGGCAGGCCAGUGGGCAGAGGACGACUAUACCCAGUGCCCGUAUGCCAGCGAGGUGACCCGUGUACUGCACGAGCUCACCCAGAUGACCAUCAACACCAGUAAUGCCCAGCCGUUAGCGCAGCAGCUGGUAGCCUUCACCAGCAGGGCAGGGGACUUCAGCGAUGUGAUGGAUGUCAUCUUUGUCACACACCUGGUGGAGAGGCUGACUCGCCUAGUGGACCAGCGCAGAGACCUAGGGGACUAUAUCUCUGACAUAGCCAGUAACAUGAUGCUGGUGGAGGAACACAUCCUGUGGAUGGCUCAGAACGAGGCCAGGGCGUGUACUCGCAUCGUCCAGUGUGUGGAACGCAUCGCCGACCUGGCUCUCACCAUAGACACGCAGGUCAUAUCAAAGGUGUCUCCUAACAUAGCCCUGGAGGCCUUUCUGAUCAGGCCGUCUAACUUCCAGGGUCUUUCGUGUACGGCAGGACAGAGAGCCCCCCUUCCACCCCUCUCUAGUCAGAGGGCCGAUGGGGACCAGGAUGCCAUCGGGGACCUGCUGCUCAACUUCAAAUGUCACCCGGUCAACGGCAGCAGCUCCCCCGCCAGCCAACUCCGCAAGAACUCCGUGGCAGUCGCCGCAAUCCAUUUACCGCUGGCUGGUACGCCUAACCCCUCUGCGUUGCAAUCUGUUGAUAACUCGACUUGCAAGCUGCAGUUUAUUGUCUUUCGAAAUGGGAAACUCUUUCCUUGCACAGGGAAUUCGUCAAACCUUGCAGAUGAUGGAAAACGUAGGAGCGUUUCGACACCAGUUGCUUUCACCAAAUUAGAUGGGUGCAGCAUCGGGAGCGCCGUGCACUCGGUUACCAUUGCUCUCAGGCACUUCGCGCUGGGUGUAGACCCAACUGCAGCCUAUUGGGAUUUUGACCUGCUAGAUGGGCACGGUGGCUGGCGGGCAGAGGGGUGCCACAUAACAGGCUCCACGGGCAACACGACCACCAUUCAUUGCACUCAUCACAAUAACUUUGCGGUGCUAAUGGAUCUGAAGAAGGUGCUGUCUUUCCCCCCGUACCCUGGGGAGUUUCUGCACCCGGUCGUGUAUGCCUGUACGGCCGUCAUGUUGCUCUGCCUCUUCGCCUCCAUCAUCACUUAUAUCGUGCACCACAGCACAAUCCGCAUCAGUCGGAAGGGAUGGCACAUGCUCCUCAACUUCUGUUUCCACACAGCUCUGACCUUCACUGUGUUUGCCGGAGGCAUCAAUCGAAUCAAAUACCCCAUCAUCUGUCAAGCAGUUGGCGUGGUGUUACACUACUCGUCCCUCUCCACCAUGCUGUGGCUGGGGGUGAUGGCCCGGAACAUUUACAAGCAGGUGACCAAAAAGCCCCUUCAACACCAGGACAGUGACCCGCCUGCUCACCCCAAACAGCCCAUGUUGAGUCUACAACCCAAGCCGGCGCACAGAGAGAAGCACAUCCUCAGGUUUUAUUUAGUCAGUGGCGGAGUGCCCUUCAUCAUCUGUGGAAUCACAGCAGGCGUCAAUAUUGACAACUAUGGCAGUGGGGAGACGUCACCCUACUGCUGGAUGGCGUGGGAGUCCAGCCUGGGAGCCUUCUAUGGCCCUGUGGCCUUCAUCGUCCUGGUCACCUGCGUCUACUUCCUGUGUACCUUCAUCCAGCUGAGGCGCCACCCAGAGAGGAAGUACGAACUGAAAGCACUGACUCAGGAGCAGCAGAGACUGCCGUCUGUCACGGGCAUGGGCGGGCACUGCCACCAGGGAGGGGGAGGAGAGCCCGGAGCACUGCCACCACCGCCCAACAGAGGGCAGUGCCACGCAGGCUGCCACUCAGCCAUUGCCAUCAACCCCUCUCUGCUGGCCAAUGAGCAUUCGUUCAAGGCCCAGCUGAGGACAGCAGCCUUCACCCUCUUCUUGUUCGUGGCCACGUGGGCCUUCGGGGCGCUGGCUGUGUCGCAGGGCCACUUCUUGGACAUGAUCUUCAGCUGCCUGUACGGGGCCUUCUCCGUCACGCUGGGCCUUUUUGUGCUCAUCCACCACUGUGCAAAGCGGGACGACGUGUGGCAUUGCUGGUGCGCCUGCUGCCCUGGGAGACGCACCAACCACGGUUGCCACGGUCAUGGUCACUCGUGUCCAAAGGUUAAUGUCAAUGGGGAUACAAUAGGGCAUGGGCACGGGCACUGUCACCUGGAUUCGCCGUGCCCGGGUAAGGCCCUGUUGGGAGGACACGCCCAAAGUGGCACCUUGGGUCACUGUAAGCAUGGCAGCCUGACGCCGGCGCAGAACCAUGUGACAUGCCUGUCCCCCGUGGCGCCCUGCUGCACCGCCUUGCACAGCCAGCAGCUGAUGGAGGAGGAGCCUACGGCGCAUGUGCUCCUGCACACUGACCCAGAGGACUACCGGCCAGGCAUCCACCUGCAUCGUUGCCUGAAGGGCAGCACUAGGACUAAGCCUCGCCACUUUAGCCGCCAUCGGCAGGCUGGCACAGGAGGGCUGGCAGAGAGGGAGUACGCCUACCACAUCCCCUCUAGCGUAGACGGAGGCUCUAUCCACAGCUCCCACACAGACAGCCCUCACAGCACGCACGAGCGCCUCGGACACAUCUGCCACCUGGCUGCUUCCCCCCAGGAAGUAGGCCACCACACGUGCCAUGCGUCCGCAGCGGCGGUGGCUCACGAGGCGGCGCUGGCGUGCCACGCCCCCUGCCACCGGCACGUGCCUUGCUGUGCCAAGGCGGACCUGUUCCCUACUCUGUGCCAGGCGGAGGCGGGCGACACAGGCACCUUUCUGUGCGGCUGUGGCAAAAAAGCCAAUAAGGAGGAUCUAAUCGUGCCGCAUCACCACCUGGAGAUGCACCCGCGCAGACAAUCCUACCCCCAGAACCCACCGGCCAAUCAGAAUGGGAUCCUUAAAGGCGGCCUUGUGUACGCAUCAGACAGCACAGGGAAUAUACGCACUGGACCCUGGAGAAAUGAAACUACUGUGUAGUCUAAAGACGGGGGGAAGAGAGAGACAGCCCCAGCCUCCUUUCCAUCCCUCCCUCUAAACCUCACCACCUUUUUAGGAACUACAACAAAUAAUCAUGAAUAACUGUAUCGCAUCACGACUUGUGUGUUUUUUUUUGUUUUUAAAAAAAACUUUCAUUCUUUGUUUUGUUUUCAUGCGUUCUCGACGUCGUCGUAUAAGCCCCCCAACGAGCAGCCGUACACAGAAGCGAUCUUUCUCUCCUUAAUUAAAGGAAUGUGAGUCCCACACCACGGGAUACAGCACCUUUUGUUGAAAGGUGCUAUAGUAUGGUAUUAUCAUUACAUAUCUAAACAAUACGGACGUGUGUGAACAGAACACGCGCGUUUGUUCCUCGCUCAAAGCAAAUGCUCCGCGCGAUUGCGUGUUCUCUUUUGUGAGUCACUACAUCCAUCGACUACUCUCUGAUGUGUACCUUCAGUGCUUCAAGAAGCUCAGUACGAGUGUUUUAGGCAAACACACCAGCAAUUUAGAGUCAUUAGUAUUUUUGCCAUUUUGAACAGCAAGCAUACUUACUAUAAUAUACUGUGAUUAUCAGCUAAACAUUUCUUAGUAAUAUACAGCGAUAUCUGCUCUCGUCAGAGUUCUGUGGAUGCCGAUACGUUGUGAUUUUGGUUUUUUUUAACAACCCAAAAGAAAACCGAAACCACACGAAGUAUUCUGUCACAGGUUGAUAUUGAAUGUUCUUGUCUGUAUGAUGUCUUACUGUUGUGUUUUUUUGGAGAGAAGUAUACAACAACAACAACAACAAUCACAUUGUUAUUGUGUGUAUUUGCAGUGUUGGAGCAAUAGUGCCAUUCAUGUCAUUGUAUGCCAUGACCGAGCCAACAGGUGUAGGUUGAAGUUGACCCCAAACACUGAUCUUUGGUUAGUUUUGCAUUUUCCCCACUGAAGGAUUGUGGGAGGGCAAGCUGAGCCUAGAUCUCUAACUAGGAGAAACUUUGCCCCGGUGCCAAGCAUCAGCAUUGCCAUCGUCUAAAUAACCCAAGCCGACAUCUCCCAUUUCUGGUAAGGAUCCACAAAAUGGCGGGAGGUCAUAUCAGAGCUCAAUGCUAAAGGGCAACCAUUUAUUUUUCUAGGCAACAGAGCAUGCAGGCCUUGUAUGUAGCUAUGUGCUGUGUGUGUUUUGCCUUGUAUUUCAAUGCACAUUAAUGAAAAACUCCAUCUCUGUUUGUCUAUGGAGCUGAUCGAGCUAUAACAUGCCGGAAAAACAAACAAUAAUAUUUUUACGCGGUUUUAGUAUCCAUUAUUGUGGAUAGUCCUGCAACCUUGUUCUGUUGAGGACAGAGGACAGGGCUGAGAUUCAGUGUUGCUAUUAUUGUCACAGUGUUAGUCAUCGUCAGGUUGAAGUGUUGUCCCUUGGCUGAGAACAUGCAGGAAGUUAAUUGAGUUUGAUAUUUAUUAGUGGUAUUAUGUACGGUUGCCCUAAGGAGCAAAAUUUACUUUUUAAAAAUCUACUUUGCCCCUUAGGGCCACCGUAGUUAUGGUAUGGAAACCAGUCAUUCCCUAGUGAGAGAGAACAGACCAAGUUAAGAGAGAAACAAUCAAUACCUACAAGAAUACAGCAGCUCCUGCCUGGCCAAAACACCUUGGCAUGUCACACCAUCCAUCCAUCUUGCGCACUCUUGUCUAUGUACAUAGAAUGAAUUCCGAGGAAUUAUUUUAUAAAAGAUUUACGAUAUUUAAUAGUAAAUAAAUCUAUAUGUGAAGAAAAUGUAUGGGAAAGACUGACCUCAAUGUUAAUGCUCAGUAUCUGAGUUUUAGAAAAUGUGAUUUGUUUUUUGGUGCGUUGUUCUGUUUGCUUUUCUUUUUUGCUCUGAUCUUUCAUAAGGUAUGCAAACUGGCCAUAUGUUUUGCUAUAUUUGACACACAAGCGCACCAACAGCUAAGGAAUACCAAGACUUGGUGUCACACAUGUCGACUGUGUUUGAAUUGUGAAUUGAAUUUCAAAGUGUGUCUCCUCAACAAGUGACUUGAUUCCAGAAGGCAAUGUUUGAAUAUGAAAUAUUUGAGCAUUUCUGAAAAGAGCAUUCUUAGAGAUACAUGCAUGAAAGUAAUGAGCCCCCAUGAGACUUCCAAGACGACGUCAGGUGAAGCUUGACGUCAUAGCUACGUUGUCUGGAUCAAUGAGCUUUGUAACAGCUUCACUAAAAACACCGAACAUCCUUGGUAUCUCCCUUCUUUUUUUUUUUUUUAAAUCAUCCUGCAUUAAACAUGUCUAUGCGAGAGUAUUUUGCUUUGGUCUAAAUUUCUGUACUUCUUGUACUUUGAAAAUAUGUUCUUAGAAGCAAAAUAUAGCUCUCCGUGUAUGUGAA